AUCUACCCGUUCCUUGCAGACAAAUCUUACGUGCAUUCUUCUGUAUCACUCCAACAUGUCCUCAGACUCUGAGAGUAGCUCGGCUCCUGCAGUAGCCCUCCCCCAUCGCUCGAAUUCUGCCAGUAACAGAAAUUCUAAACCACCAGUCUGGUCUCUUAACUCGUCGAAUGGAACAUUAGCUCCCCUACCUGCGAAAUGUGACCGACAUGAUCGUGAGGAUGGAAUAUGUUGCAAAGAACUCAAAGACGAAGACGACCGCACCCUGAUUGAUCCAGACGUCGUUCGAGAUGUCGUGAUUGGACUGUCGGAUGGUUUGACUGUGCCUUUUGCACUCACAGCCGGUCUUUCAUCUCUCGGAGAGUCGAGGCUUGUUGUGCUUGGUGGCAUAGCCGAGCUGAUUGCUGGCGCCAUAUCUAUGGGCAUUGGUGGUUUUCUAGCAUCUCAGGCAGAGCGUGAUCACUACCGUUUUCUGCGUCGUCAUACGUCAUCAAGGGUUUUGAGGAGCUGCGCCGGUGAGAUGGAAAGAGAAGUUUAUGCCGUUUUGGGACCCGUUGGUGUGGAUGAGGAAACAUCCAGGGCUGUCACAAAAUGCCUCAGGAGUGUAGAAGUCGACAACAGCAUUGAUGGAAACGAGCGCGCUUCUUCAGAUGAAGAAGCCGUCCCUCUAAGGUGGAGCAAGGAACUCGGAUUGACUCCCUUCUUGUUAAAAUUCGGUGAAGGGAUGGAGGAAGUACCAACUCGCAGGCUGUACAUAUCCGCAUUCACCAUUGGUAUGGGGUAUCUCAUUGGCGGAAUCAUUCCCCUUCUACCCUACUUCUUCAUCGCCCGGGCGCAUAUAGCAUUAUUGUACUCCUGCCUUCUCACAGGUGCCGUGUUGCUCAUAUUUGGUGCUGUCAAGGCCCGGGUCACCGGCGCUGGACAAGGUGCAGUUGGAUACGUUUGGGGUGCGGUCAGCACAUUGCUAGUCGGUGGAGCUGCCGCCGCCGCCGCCUAUGGCAUAGUGGCAAUGCUAGAACAGUGAAACGGCAUCUUUCCGUGACUUCAAGCUAUCUUUAUUGCUAUACACGUCUCAACUUGAUAUCAUCUUGCUAUAGAUGCACUGUAGCUGAACGCAGUGUUUGAUGCAUGUACUAUACCUGUCAUAGGGCUACUCCACCUAUGUAGUAGAACGUAAUUUCUUUUGAAUCAUGCUUUGUGUUGU